GUGGGCAGUAAAGCCCGUGUGCGCGCUCUGCACGCUCUCUCUUCCCUUUCCGCGCCUCGCGCCCUCCGGUGAAGCUCGUGUAGCUCCGCGUUCCCGCAGCACCAUGGAGCAGAAAAGUAGCUGACGGCACGCGACCCUCCAUCCCUCUCUCUCUCUCUCUGCCCACGCGCGCUCUCUCCCGGUCCUCCAGCUCCCGCGAGCCUCCGUUCAGUAACGAAACCAACGAACGAGCCCGAGAGACCUACCGGCUGACCGACCGCCCGCGCGCCCAGUGUCCAGGAUGAAGUACGUCAUCGGCAUCGGCGGUGUAACUAACGGGGGUAAGACCACCCUGACUGACAAACUGACCCGUACCUUGCCCAACUGCUGCGUAGUGCACCAGGAUGACUUCUUCAAGCCCCAAGAUGAGAUUGAAGUUGGUGAAGAUGGAUUUAAGCAGUAUGAUGUCAUCACAGCUCUGGACAUGGACGCCAUGAUGAGCACCAUCUACGCCUGGCGUGACAACCCGGUGAAGUUUGAGCGCUCGCAUGGCGUCAACAACACUCUGGACUCCGAGAUCAUCCCACGGUCCAGAGAUGAGGAUACACACAUCCUCAUAGUGGAGGGGUUUCUGCUCUACACCUACAGACCCCUGAUUGAUGUAUGUGACCAGCGCUACUUCAUAUCCAUCCCAUACGAGGAGUGCAAAAAGAGGAGAUGCUCAAGGAACUAUGCCGUGCCAGACCCACCUGGUCUGUUUGAUGGUCAUGUUUGGCCCAUGUAUGUCAAACAUACCAAAAUGAUGGAGGACCUAGGAGUUGAUGUUGUGGAGCUUGAUGGAACCAAGUCAAAGGAGCAGCUGUUUAACUUCGUGUACGGAGACGUAAUCAACCAUAUCCAGAACGAACAAAGGUCUGUUGAUCUGCUCUAAAGCGUAGCAGCAGGAUGAAGACAUCUCUCAGCAGCAGCAGCAGCAGCAGCAUGUACCUGCCCAGACUGUGUCUGUGUUAAUUACUACUCCGCUACAUGCUUUUUGGCUUGAUUUUUUUAUACUCUCCAUAUUUAUUGCCUUUUUUUAAACGAUACUCCUGUUAAACUGCUCUGGAUAAGGUUGCCAUAGGCAGCACAACUCAAUAAAAAAGGAACUCCUGGUAAA